AUGAGUGGCCAGCUGAACGACUCGAGCAAAGCACCCCUCGCUCCAGGCGCAGGUUCUGUCCCUGUCCCCGACAAAUCAAAUGCGAUGACACCACCUUCUAGCAGCGGCACACCGAGUCUCGGCCACGAUGUGAAUUCAGCAAAUGUCACAAAGGACAAGUCAUCCGGCUCGCCUGAAGCGGGUUUCGGUACCUCUAGUACCGCACAAGCGAGUCAGCCGCCGAAUUGGACGGCAGAGGGUGAUGUCUUGGAACAGGCAAGUCAUGGACGAGCGACAGGCGGUACGGUCGAGCGCGAUGUGGAUGCAUUGAAGAGGGAACAAAACGUCGAUGCAACGGGCGGUGAGAUGAAGGGACCCACGGGGUUGCCUAUCUCAGGAAAGGCAGCUGUAGAUGGCGAUGCGCAUGAUGCGAAACAGGCUGCGUUGUUGGCCGGCCGGCCGAGUGCAGAUGGUGCGGGCAGUGCAGGCCUUCCGUAUGAUGCUGGGAACUAG